GAAAGUUGGCCGCGGCGAGCGAACGAGUCUCGCGGUCUGCGGCGCGCCGCGCACGCUACGAUCGCGCUCGAAUACCGGCGCCCGGCGUCGCUGCCCUUGUACUCUGCCUAAACGAAUCCACCAAAUGUCAAUAAACAAUGAAGAUUUCCGCAUUUCAUGUGUCGUAGUCGAGUAAAUGACAACUUUGGACAGUUUUGUUUGCAAGUUCGGGACUGCAAAUUAGACUGAAAAACAUUUUUUUUAUCAGAACAAUGCAGUGUUAUCCUAAGUUGUCCCCUAAGAGGGAGCCCGGGGACGGGGGUUACGAGGUUGAUAUAUUGCCUGGCGCGCGGCGGCUGGAGCUGCCGGCGCCCCCCGGCAAGGAGUUCCGGGCGCCCGUGCUGCUGCCGCCGGCCCCGCCGCACUCGGUGAUCCAGUGUAUGCGGCCGCCGCCUCCGCCGCCGCCGCCGCCACCGCCGAGGAUACUCAAGCCGCCCUCUUUUGAAGAGCCUUCCAGCUCCAUUCCAGAUUUAGAAUUCGAUGGAACUACAGUGUUAUGCCGAGUUUGUGGCGACAAAGCUAGCGGAUUCCAUUACGGUGUCCAUUCCUGUGAAGGCUGCAAGGGCUUCUUUCGGCGCUCCAUACAACAGAAGAUCCAGUACAGACCCUGCACGAAAAAUCAACAGUGCUCCAUCCUUAGGAUCAACAGAAAUCGGUGUCAGUAUUGCCGAUUGAAAAAAUGCAUCGCUGUUGGCAUGAGUAGAGAUGCUGUCCGAUUCGGACGCGUGCCAAAGCGCGAGAAAGCGCGUAUCCUGGCUGCAAUGCAGCAGUCGUCGACGACUCGCGCGCAUGAGGCGCUGGCGGCCGCAGAGCUCGAUGACGGGCCGCGGUUGCUGGCGCGGGUGGUGCGAGCGCACCUCGACACCUGCGAGUUCACCAGAGAGCGCGUCGCUGCCAUGCGAAAGCGAGCUCGCGAUUGUCCCACCUAUUCACAACCAACUUUGGCGUGUCCAUUAAAUCCGGCGCCAGAGUUGCAGUCAGAAAAAGAAUUUUCACAAAGAUUUGCACACGUGAUCCGUGGUGUGAUCGACUUCGCCGGCCUCAUUCCCGGCUUCCAACUGCUCACACAAGACGACAAAUUCACGUUGCUCAAGAGUGGUCUCUUUGAUGCACUAUUCGUGCGACUCAUAUGCAUGUUUGAUGCGCCACUCAAUAGCAUAAUCUGCUUAAAUGGCCAGCUAAUGAAGCGAGACUCCAUCCAGAGUGGUGCCAACGCGAGGUUCCUUGUAGAUUCAACUUUUAAAUUUGCCGAACGCAUGAAUUCAAUGAACUUAACAGAUGCGGAAAUCGGUUUAUUCUGCGCUAUCGUACUCAUCACGCCAGACAGGCCGGGCUUGAGGAACAUAGAACUAGUUGAGAGAAUGCAUUCGCGACUCAAGUCAUGCCUACAGACUGUCAUUGCGCAAAACAGGUCGGACAGACCUGGUUUCCUUCGGGAGUUGAUGGAUACUCUACCCGAUCUACGGACGCUUAGUACACUCCAUACAGAAAAAUUGGUCGUGUUCCGCACUGAACACAAAGAGCUGUUACGGCAACAAAUGUGGGGUGAAGAAGAAGGUGUUUCUUGGGCAGAUUCUGGUGCUGAUGAAUCCGCACGUAGCCCUAUCGGAUCAGUAUCUAGCAGCGAAUCUGGAGAAACAACUGGUGAUUGCGGCACUCCACUAUUAGCGGCUACUUUAGCUGGCAGAAGGCGGCUCGACUCUCGAGGCUCCGUUGAUGAAGAAGCACUAGGUGUGGCUCAUCUCGCACAUAACGGACUUACUGUCACACCCGUGCGGCCACCACCACGCUAUCGCAAACUCGACUCUCCUACUGAUUCCGGUAUAGAGUCUGGCAAUGAGAAGCAUGAGAGGAUAGUGGGCCCCGGCUCUGGGUGCUCUAGCCCACGGUCAUCGCUCGAAGAACACUCUGAAGACAGGCGGCCGAUGGCACCUGCAGACGAUAUGCCCGUGCUCAAGCGUGUACUUCAAGCGCCACCUCUGUAUGAUGCUGGUUUAUUAAUGGACGAAGCUUACAAACCACACAAGAAGUUCCGCGCGAUGCGACGUGACACUGGUGAAGCUGAAGCGCGGCCAGUAAGGCCGACGCCGUCGCCGCAGCCACCCCAGCAUCCGCACCCCGCGAGUCCUGUGCACCCGGCUCAUUCGCCAAGGCCGAUGCGAGCUUCUUUGUCAUCGACGCAUUCUGUACUUGCUAAGAGUUUGAUGGAGGGCCCACGGAUGACCCCCGAGCAGCUGAAACGCACGGACAUCAUCCAGCAAUAUAUGCGACGUGGAGAGACUGGUGCCGCAGAAGGAUGCCCGCUGCGUGCCGGUGGUCUGUUGACCUGCUACCGUGGCGCGUCGCCCGCGCCACAGUCUGUGCUGGCCCUGCAGGUGGACGUAGCAGAGGCCGACGCUCCACAGCCACUGAACCUAUCAAAGAAGUCGCCCUCUCCAUCGCCGCCACCGCCGCCGCCGCGCUCCUACAUGCCACCCAUGUUACCGGCGUGAGGCCGGCCCGCGGAGCCGCACGUCUCCGCCACCCCACCCCGACCUACUUUAAAUUAAUGAAAAUCUAGUUAAUAAUUAUCGUUCGCAGAUCGUUUUAAUAUAUUAUAUGUGAUAAUUCGUUUAGGACGCGUGCGUGCGUGGCCGGCGCCGGACGAGGAGAGCGCAAUAGACUGAAAAAUAAUUUAAGACUAUAUAAGUGUAAUUUAUAUGCAAUGCAGCGCCGGUCGCGGUGUGUUUGUGUGUGUAUUGUAUGUGCGUAUGUGAGCGUGCUCAGUCAUUUGUUUGUUAAUAUGACAGGUUGUCGAAUUAAAAUAAAACAAACUUGUAAAAAUUUA